GUUCCUGUCUGGCAUUGGCGUGUUCAUCUUUCUUGUGAUUGUACUCUUUCUUUACCUCAAUAUCAAACUGUCCCUUGAGAGUGCCAACCAACUGCCCAGCCUCGACCAGUACAGGAAGAGCACAGAAGCAGCAGGUGUUCAUAUAAUUUUGGUUUACAAUAGUUUUUUGCCAUUUGAAGUAGUUUUAAACUGCAGAUUUAAAGUAGUCUAAUAUUAUGUAAAUAAAUUUUGUUUUGAGUAUUUUGAAAUGACCUUCCAUCGAUGAUAAAUUUAAGACUGGGCUGGAAAGCUUUCAGAGAAAUCAUAAACUGAGCAAUUACAUCAAAACUGCAACAUGGCAUUUUUUAAGAGCUUCCAGCAAAGUCUCCCCUCCAUGUCUGCCAUGUUGGAAUCCGUGACCGAGAAGGUCGAUGACCUGGCUUAUGCGCUGAGUGACGUCACGUACACAGUGAGCGGAGAACUUGCCGAGCAUGUGAACAGCAUCAUUCACAAAGUCCAGGCCGAGGAGCUGAAGAGGAUUCGUAAGAAAGAGGCGGAAGAGAAAGAGGCUGCAGCACGGCAGGCCCAGGAGAGAGAUCCUUUUCUGUGUAGGACUGAAAUCCAGACCCAGGCUGCAUCUCAGCCUCAGACUUCAAGCACCGACAAUGGUUCAGUGCUGUCAACUGAGACCUCUACAGAAAGCGACCUCUCACAGACUCCUGACACAAAGUUAAAGUCGCAAAAUAGUGCUGAAUCACCUUCUGUACUCCAACAAAAUGGAUCCUGUGUUAAAGAAAGAACCAGGUAUACUAAAUUAAAAACAAACAGAAGCCCAGUGGAUGGUGGUGAGAAGAAGAAAUCUAGCAAUAGGGACAGAUGUGCUGAAGAUAAGAGUUACGUGAAUGCAGACUAUCACUGCUCGUCGUCAGACAGUGAUGAUGAGGUGAUUGGCCAGUACCAGGAGGCUGUGUCUCGAUCACAGGGUCUCCGGGGGGGCUCAGCGGGGACUAACUCACACCACCAGAAGGGCUAUGGCUGGGACACGCGGAAGAAAUACUGCCCCCUAGCGGCUGAAUAUGAUGGCUACAGCAGCGAGGCCUCAGCAGAUGACGUACACUGUAUCCAGCGGAUGAGACGGACUCCGCCAUUGGACGAGCUGCAGCCUCCACCCUAUCAGGAUGAGGAUGGGUCACCACGUAUGUCGUGCACGCCCUCUGACCUGGGCGAUACCAAAUGUGACCUUUCCCAUGGGAGCGAGAGCCCCAGACACAGCUAUGGGAAAUGUCCAAGCGAGGGCAGCGGAGCACAGGAGACGGAGAGUUUCCUUAACAAGGGCUAUGAAGAAGAUGUACCCAGUGACAGCACUGCUGUACUCAGCCCAGAGGAUCUGUCUGCACGUGGAUCAGCUGCUCAGCUUCCUAAAGGUUACGACCCUGAGCCUCUCGCUCAAUACGGAACUCUCGACGUCGUCUUCGACUAUGACUCAUCUGACCAGCGUCUGUCCGUCACGAUAACAGCACUGACGGACAUUCCUUCUCUCAAACGCACGGGGAACAUCUCCUGGCAGGUGCAUCUAGUGCUGCUGCCCACCAAAAAGCAGAGGGCAAAAACCAUCAUCCAGCGUGGCCCCUGCCCCAUCUUUACAGAGACAUUUCACUUCAGCCAUAUCGAGUCGGAGAUGAUCGGGAACUAUGCUGUCCGGUUCCGCUUGUACAGCGUUCGCAGGAUGAAGAAGGAGAAGGCUCUCGGAGAGAAGGUGUUCUACCUCACCAAACUCAACCUGCAGGGCAAGAUGUCAGUCCCCAUCAUACUGGACCCCUGCUGCAACAUACCUGGCAGUGACUCUCAGGCAAGCGUAUCAGACGUGUCGUGCAGCGAGACGGCCUCGUCAUUCCCGUCUGCAGGUCAGGGAUCGGCUCCAGAGAUCCUGCUGGGGCUUGUGUACAACGCCACUACAGGACGACUCUCUGUGGAAGUCAUCAAAGGAAGCCACUUUAAAAACCUGGCGGCAAAUAAACCUCCCAACGGUUUGUUCUGUUGUCUAAAGCACUUGAUAGGUGGGCAGGUGUACAUAAUCCGAGACACCUAUGUAAAGCUGACUCUACUGAACUCAAUGGGUCAGGAGAUGUCCAAGUGCAAGACAUCGAUUUGCCGCGGCCAACCCAACCCCACCUACAAGGAGACCUUUGUGUUCCAAGUAGCUCUGUUUCAGCUCUCUGACGUCACGCUCAUCCUGUCGGUCUACAACAAGCGCAGCAUGAAACGGAAGGAGAUGAUUGGCUGGAUCUCUCUGGGGCUGAACAGCUCCGGGGAGGAGGAGCUAACACACUGGACUCAGAUGAAGGAGUCAAAGGGACAACAGGUGUGUCGAUGGCACAGUCUAUUGGAGUCCUAGAAUGUCAAUAAGUGACGGCAACGAUAUGUGUAAUGGGGUGGGGGACCGAGAGCAGGUCAGGCCCUCGAACGGCCCAAAACCGACAGAGCUGGCCCCCACUGCAGUGCAUUAUGAGAAACGCGAGUAGUUCCGGGGAUGUAAUCUGCUCUCCUUCCCAAUGCAUUGCAGGAAAUGGGUUAGAGAAAAUGAUGAAAACAGGGUUAGAUAUGCCACACCGCUAAUGGUGGAAACACUAAUGAGACAGAGUUUUAUGUUUAUUUAGAUAUUUAUUUGUAUAUUUUUUGACUUGACUUGAUGUUUCUAUUUUUGUUCUGCUUGAGAUGGUUGUUUCUAAAGGGGUUAUAGGAACAGAGAAAGAACAAAGACGAGGUGAGUUAAAAUGUCUUCGCUCAGACGAUAACUGGCGUUCUGAGAUUACAUUGCUUUGACCUUAAAGCAGGGGUAAAAUUUCUGUCCGGUUGAUUAUAUGCCAUUCUGAGGCAUUUUAAUGGAUACUCUGACAGAUGUGCAGUAUCUGAAUGAAUGUCUGGCUUUCCUCGACAUGUGAUCAGAUUGUCUAGAUCUCAUUCUAAUACAUGAUGUAGUUCAUUCCACUUUGAAAUCUACCAUCAGAGUGCCAAUCCAGACUUCACUGCACACAGCCUGAGCCUGUCAUCCAGCGUUAUAUGUCAGCUAUUUUAUUCCACUCAUUCUAAAUGUAAUACCUAGCAAUCAGGAACAAACCCCAAAACGAAUAGAUAAUAGAAAAACAUUCUUUUCAUUCUCAGUAUGACAUUAAGAGGCAAUAAGUAUAGAACUUUUCUUGUAUUAACUAUACAUUUCUAGAAACACCUUAUAAUAUUGAUUUAAAGUAAUAUAAUACAUGUUUAUUAUAAUGAUACCCUAUUAAUAAAAAUAUGAAAUAUGUAAAAAAUAUAUUAAAUAUAUUAAAUUAUACAGUCUUGAUUUGAAACACAUAUUAGUUUUAUAUCUAUUUAUACAUGAAAAUCUUGUAAAAUAGAAGCAUUUAUUAAUUUAUUUAUUUCAGUUUACCAGUAAAUAGCUAAGCUAAGUGAACAGCUUUCUAUAUUUUAAUUAAAUAUUAUAGAAAAAGCCCUUACAAUAAAAUAUCAUGUAAAUAAAAAAAUUGUAAUUAUACCAUACUGACCAUAAUGUUUUCACCACUGUAAAGGCCUGUUUGCACCAAGAACAACAACUAUAAAGAUAACUAUAAUGAUAAUUAUAGUUAUGGAUACGGACGAUAUGUUCUGUUCAUUGUAAGCGUGCACUGUAGAGCUUGUUAAGUUGGGUGGAUUCUGAUUGGCUGUCAAUGUUUUUGUCAUUCAUAAGCUAGGGAAAAAGUCUUACUGAAAGCGAUUCCAACAAUAUCGUUAACACUGUGUUGACUCAUAAAAUGAGAAUGGUUAUACAAACGUUAUAGUUAUAGUUAUGGUCCUUGGUGUGAACAGGCCUUAAAGGGUUAGUUCACCCAAAAAUGAAACUUCUGUCAUUAAUUACUCACGAUCAUGUCAUUCCAAACCCGUAAGUCCU